AAAUUUGGUGUUCCUUUUUCGUUUCGCUUUCGUCGUGUUGAAUAAUUUUAUAAAAUUUAAUAGAUUAAACUCAAAAUGUUUUAUCCUGUUGAAUCGUUGAAAAGAGGAGGAAGAUUUUAUUUAUGUUGGGUUGCAGACUCUUGGCCUCUACGUUUUGCAACGAUUACCCAUCGUCAGCUUUGGUCUCAAGACAUACGCCAAAUAUGUGACGAUUUAUUGGAAGUUAUGAAAAAUGAGUCCGGUCGCCCAAAAAAUAGAUUUUCUUUACGGCUGAGUUCCCAAUUGAUGCGAGGGCUAGUCCGCUUAUAUCAAAGAAAAGUUACUGUAUUCGUUGGUGAUUUAUGCAUGAUCAAUGCACUUGUGAUGAAAAGCACUAAUAAAAAAGUAAUGCCUGAAACAACUGCCCAUGAAUCAAUAACCAUUAUUCAACGUCCAGAUUUGCCAAGAUUAAUUUUUGAGGAACAAGUCGAUGAUGAUAAGAUUGAAGAACGGAUUGGGAAUAGUGGUAAUAUAGUUGCAAAUGUACAAGAUAUUACAUUGAAAGAGCCUAUUCUGCCAGAAAACAGGUUACAUCUGGAUGAUGGUUUCGGGGAACUCCACCCCGACCAGCCGCUGCAGGUGCUAGCGGACAGGACAUUGGAGACCAUGAUGGUGCAGGACGCCUCUGCCACGAUACACAGUGGGCUGGACUUGCACGACGUGUCUACGGACAAGUCGCACGACAAAUCCAGACGAAUGCCCCACGAAUCAUUACAAAUGGAGCAAAUAUCUGAACAUGAUCUGUCUAUAUUUAGGAAAUCUGUCGGCGAAGAAUUAAUCGUUGGAGCUGAUUUUGAUAAAGAUAUACCUGAAAUUCCUGAAAUCCCGCCUCCUGACUUGCCUGCUCCUGAAAUAGAGAACCAACAAGGGCGACCGUUAAGAGCUAAAGAGUCAUUACUACCUUCAACUCGUGAAGUAACAGAAAAUGUGAACGAAAAAUCGCUCGAGGAAUUCGUUUUGGAGUAUCGUCUGCGUACAGUAAAGCCUGUGACACACAUACCUGUAGCUGUCACAGAACUAUACCGGGUACUGGAACUGGAAGAGGAGCCCCGGAUAAAGAGAAGAAAAUUAAAAAAUAAACUGAUCGUUGACAAAAAUAUCAAACUGAGCUCUAAUUUCAUACGUUCGCGCAUCGAAAAUAUCAAUGUCGACCUGCGUUGUGAGGACGGUAUUGGCGACAUAAUUAGUAUCUACGCGACACCUAGCAUACUCCUAAACAGACCAGCUCACUGUGGGUCGUCACUGCACUCGAACCUCGGGUACCAGCUGUCCUACAUGUUCUCGAGAAACCUGGGAGCAGUGCAGAGGCAACCAGUAGAUCAAGAUAUAGAGGAAGUUAUAGCUCAAAGAACAAGGCAAUCCAACAUGAGGUCGACUCUCGAAAUCGAUGAAGUAAUCGAACCAGCCGACAAAAGAAUCCAAUCAAUACACCAUGAAUUCGAUGUUCCGAAGGAAAUUGACAUCACGGACCCGAACCUCGUACAAGACGAAAUAGCCCCAAUCGCGCCGGGUCAAGAAUUAAUGGAUAUAUCCGAUUUACCGACACAGAGACUGUUAACGACGUCACAGGCACAGAAACGAACAAGCGAUAAUGAUCCUUCGCCAAAAAGACAACGUCGAGGUGGCUACGUGUCGUACAGACUCAGCCAACAAACCGAGUUGGAAGCAUAUAACGCAGAAGUAAAUAAAGAAAAUAUACCCGAAAAUCGUCAACAAGACGCAGAGCGUAUAACUGCGAUGUUGGUCGAAGCUGGUUUAGCAGAUAUACAAGAACAUUCUCUUGUUCUGCCAACUGACGUCGAACCCACGAUCCCCGCUAUAUUGACGCAGAAAAGUAGAAGAAACGGCAGUGAAACAUCGGAAACACCUUUAGGUAGUUUAGAUAGAACCAAAGUGUCUCUCGGGGACUCGGAGAAAACUACCGACUCGAAAAGAUUCAUCCGGGAAGAAUGGGGAACCCAAGGAACGAUGCACAAGAUCUAUAAAUGUAUAAGGAAAGGUGUGAAGCCGUUGGACCUGCACUGCCUCGUCACGAAGGGCCCGACCAUCUCGGGCCACCGACGGGUCAUCGCGGCUCGCUGUUUCACUUCCAUGCUGAAAUUAAAACAACAUGGAUUUAUUAGGAUUGUAAAAGAUCCAAAUACGUACGAAAUUAAGGAUAUCGCUCUGGGAAGCAAAAUUAUUUCCAACAAGAGGCAAGAUGAUUAG